AUGAUUGUGACAAAUGUAACAACAGUGAGUGGCUUCUUCCUCCUGGGGUUCUCUGACAGCCGGGAGUGGCAGAUCCUGCACGCUUUGAUCUUCUUGGUGUUGUACCUGUUGGGAUUGGCAGGGAACUUCAUCAUCAUCACCAUCACAACGAUGGACCUGCAUUUCCAAUCUCCAAUGUAUUACUUCCUGAAGCAACUUUCCCUUCUCGACCUCUCCUCCCUUUCUGUCACUGUCCCCCAAUCUAUCCACAAUUCCCUGACUGGCAGUGGAUACAUUUCCUAUGCUCAAUGUGUGCUGCAGGUUUUCUUCUUCAUAUAUUUGAGCUGGGCUGAGGUGGCAAUUCUCACCGUGAUGUCCUACGACCGCUAUGUGGCCAUCUGCCUUCCACUGCACUAUGAGGUCAUUAUGAAUCCCAGAAUGUGCAGAUGGGCUGUGACAGCUGUGUGGCUAAGUGCAGCCAUCCCAGGAACCCUGUGCACAGCAACCACAUUCUCUAUCAGAUUCUGCAGGGCCAAGAUAAUCCACCAGUUCUUCUGUGAUAUUCCCCAAUUUCUUAAGCUCUCCUGCUCCAAUGAUUACCUGGGAGGAAUUGGGGCAGUUGCUUUCACUGCUUUUGUGGGAACUUUUUGUUUCACUGCCAUUUGCCUCUCCUAUGUCCAGAUAUUCUCUACAGUCCUCAAAAUGCCCUCUGCUGAAGGUAGGUCUAAAGUUUUCUCCACCUGCUUGCCCCACCUCUCUGUCAUCUCAUUUUAUAUUUCCACUGGCAUCUUUGCAUAUCUAAAACCAAACUCAGACUCUCCAACUGCCUGGGACAUCAUCAUCUCCAUGUUUUAUACAGUAUUACCCCCAACACUCAACCCUAUUAUUUACAGUCUGAGGAAUGAGGCCAUGGAAAGAGCUGUAAGAAAGUUACUGUUAAGUGAUAAAUUCCCUGGCAGAAAAUUAGUUUUGUCUUGUUGUCCAGAGAUUGCAACAGUAUGA